AUGGCGGAGGAAGUCCCUCAAUUUAAGCUUUUGCUGGUCGGCGAUGGUGGUGUCGGAAAGACCACCCUGGUAAAAAGGCAUCUCACGGGAGAGUUUGAGAAGAAAUACAUUCCAACUCUUGGUGUCGAGGUGCACCCCUUGAAGUUUCGUACCAACUGCGGCACUAUUCAGUUUAACGCUUGGGAUACCGCUGGACAGGAGAAGUACGGGGGCCUCAGGGACGGCUACUACAUCAAGGGCGAGUGCGCGAUAAUCAUGUUCGACGUCACGAGCAGGGUCACCUACAGGAACGUACCCAACUGGCACAGGGACGUCGUGCGCGUGUGUGAGAACAUUCCUAUGGUCCUGGUUGGCAACAAGGCCGACGUGAAGGAGAGGCAGGUCAAGGCUGCCCACAUCCAGUUCCACAGGAAGAGGAACCUUCAGUACUACGACCUCAGCGCCAGAAGCAACUAUAACUUUGAGCGCCCAUUCCUCUGGCUCGCUCGCAGGCUUCUCAACAAGCCUCAGCUGGUCUUUGUUGGGGAGUGUGCUAAGGCCCCUGAAAUUGCCAUCGACCCGCUCCUCGUCCAGCAGUCCGAGCGUGAACUUGCAGCUGCAGCCAACGUUGCUAUCGAUGACGAUGGCGAAUUGUAA